AUGGUGCCGUACGAAGCAGUUUAUGGUCGGAAGUGUAGGUCUCCUAUUUGUUUGAAUGAAGUAGGUGAACGAAAAAUCUUGGACCCUACUACAGUGCCCUGGAUCGAGGAGGCGAACGAAAAAGUGAAGUUGAUACGCCAGAGGAUUCAAACCGCACAAAGUCGUCAAAAGAGUUAUGCCGAUAACCGGAGGAAGCACUUAGAAUUUACGGUUGGAGAUCAAGUUUUUCUUAAAAUUACUCCUCUAAAAGCAAGUUUGUUGGCAGGAAAGGGAAAGAAGUUGCAACCGAGAUGUGUACGGCCUUAUAAGAUUAUCCAACGUGUAGGGAGUAUGGCCUAUAAAUUGGAAUUGCCAUCAAGUUUAUCUCGGAUCCACAAUGUUUUCCACGUAUCGAUGCUUAAGAAAUAUCAUCUGGAUCCGUCUCACGUUCUACAACCAGAGAGUAUUGAAAUUGAUGAAGCACUGACCUAUGAGGUGAAACCGAUCAAGCUUCUAGAUCGUAACGUGAAAGAAUUGAAAAACAAGCGGAUUCCAUUGGUAAAAGUUUUUUGGAGGAACCACGGAUUGGAGGAGGCAACCUGGGAAAUUGAAGAAGAAAUUCGAGGAAAAUAUCGAGACCUGUUCUCAAAUCAAGGUAUAAUUUCGAGGACAAAAUGUUCUUAA